CCUUGCGUUGAAGCGUGGAAGGAAAGAAAGUAAUAGUAGCUGGGUAUUUAAGAAAAUUGCAGAAUACUCAAUCUUAACACGCAACACUUAUUUAAUGUUCCUGCAGGACAUGAAUGAAGCCAUACACAGCCUGCCCAAAUCUCUACAUUUUCAUAUUUUCAACUUGUCAGACUCAGACAAGCAACGUCGUCGACAUAAAAUAAGAAAGAAAGAAAUAUAUAUAUUUUUUAAAUGGGUAGUUCAGUUCGGCGAUCUGUAGUCUUUCCUUUUCCGGAAUCACCCAAAGUCUUUGUUCUCACUAAAUCUUUGAGUUUUUAAAGCAAUUUGAGCUUGACCCUUUUUUAUUAUCCUUAAGAACAAGUGAACAACCCUUUUUUUGGUUGCAAUGGCUGAGAGUUUUGUGCGUGUGGAUGAGUCAAGCCUCCUGGAGGCCACUCCUCUGCUCCCCCCUUUGCCCCAGAAGCCUGGGAAUCAAGAGAAACAGGGGAAUGGAGAGGAGAUUGAGGGGCGUGAUCACGAGUCCACCGAUCUUGAUAAAGCUCUGCAGAGAUUGGAGUGGUUUCUGGGGGCUCUGGGGUUCAAUCAGAGCUCAGUUCUGAGGAUUUUGGUGUCCUGGGGUUUGUUUUUGGUGCUGGGAUUGGCUAUCCCAGUGGUGAUUCUUGAGCUCUCCGAUUGCCGGGGCUGCCAGAAGGGUCAAAUCAAGAGCUUUGAAAUUGACAUAGUGGUGUCCCAGGCUUGUCUUGCGGCUGUUUCUCUGCUCUGCGCUUCCCACAACUUGCGCAAGUAUGGGAUUCGGAAGUUCCUGUUUGUGGACCGGUACAGUGGGCAUGUGGAAAGGUUCAGUGAGGAGUAUAUUAAGAAGAUUUCUGAUUCAAUCCGCUUGCUCGUAUUGUGGGUGUUACCGUGUCUCGGUUUAAAGACUGCACGAGAAAUCAUCCGUGUUUUGUAUGUGCAUCAAGAAUCAUUGUGGCAUUCCACCGCUAUCUUAUUAGCUUUUAUUCUGUCAUGGACUUACACGGCUGCAAUUUUUCUGUCAGUCUGUGUGUUAUUCCACUUGGUCUGCAAUCUGCAGAUUAUACAUUUUGAUGAUUAUGCAAACCUCUUGGAACGAGAAUCUGAUGUUUUGCUACUAAUAAAAGAGCAUAUGCGCCUCCAGUAUAAUCUAUCAAAGAUAAGCCACAGAUUCCGAAUCUUUCUUCUGCUGGAGUUCACAAUUGUCACUGGGAGCCAGUUUGUAACUCUCUUCCAGACUACAGCAUACCAUGGUAUAAUAACUUGUGUCAAUGGUGGCGAUUUUGCGGUCUCCUCGAUUGUUCAGGUGGUGGGGGUGAUUCUUUGCUUGAAUGCUGCUUCGAAAAUAUCCCACAGGGCGCAAGGCAUUGGGUCGCUAGCGAGCAGGUGGCAUGCUCUAGCCACGUGCAGUUCUAGCGAGGUCACCAAUGCUCAUAUCACGAGCUCGUUCUAUAGGAUGAGCUCAGAAAGCGAUUUGGAGUCUGUGGACUUCAUGAUGAUGCCGACAAAUACACAGUUGGCUUCUUCUAUGACCUCGUACCAGAAACGACAAUCCUUAGUGAUGUAUCUGCAGAGCAAUCGAGGAGGAAUAACCAUAUACGGGUGGACAGUGGACCGAGGCCUAAUCAACACCAUCUUCUUCAUAGAGUUGUCGCUCAUCCUGUUCGUGCUAGGGAAGACGAUAGUAUUCACAGGUCCAGGUUGGUUUGUUAGCAGAAAUCGAAGAAAGAGUGAGUGGUUCAGUAGCUGAAGGCAGACCCCUCAAGGAAGAAAGGAAUACUCGGUUUGUGUUGUAUGUAUAAAGUGAACGAAAGUAAAGAAUUUUGUACCCAUUUAGCUUACCUUACACUUUCCACACAUGAAUACAUGAUGAUUAAUCUGGAAAAUUAUUUACUCCUGUUCCAUUCA